UUUCAGCCUCUGCUCUGGGAAUUUAUCCUGAGCAGCCCCUAACAGGCUAUUCCUUCUCUACAACUGAGAUAUGAUCAUCUUAAUUUACUUAUUUGUCUUGCUGUGGGAAGAGGCUCACGGAUGGGGAUUCAAGAAUGGAAUUUUUCAUAACUCCAUAUGGCUUGAACAAGCAGCAGGCGUUUACCACAGAGAAGCGCGGUCUGGCAAGUACAAGCUCACCUAUGCAGAAGCGAAGGCGGUGUGUGAAUAUGAAGGUGGCCAUCUUGCCACCUACAAGCAGUUAGAGGCAGCCAGAAAAAUUGGAUUUCACAUCUGUGCUGCUGGGUGGAUGGCCAAGGGCAGAGUUGGAUACCCCAUUGUGAAGCCAGGGCCCAACUGUGGAUUUGGAAAAACUGGUAUUAUUGAUUACGGAGUCCGUCUGAACAGAAGUGAAAGAUGGGAUGCUUAUUGCUACAACCCACAUGCAAAGGAGUGUGGUGGUGUCUUCACAGAUCCAAAGCAAAUUUUUAAAACUCCAGGCUUCCCAAAUGAGUAUGAUGAUAACCAAAUCUGCUACUGGCACAUUAGACUCAAGUAUGGUCAGCGUAUUCACCUGAGUUUUUUGGACUUUGACCUUGAAGAUGACUCAGCUUGCUUGGCUGACUAUGUUGAAAUAUAUGACAGUUACGAUGAUGUCCAUGGCUUUGUGGGAAGAUACUGUGGAGAUGAGCUUCCAGAAGACAUCAUUAGUACAGGAACACAAGUACGGGAUUCUCCUUCACAGGGUUAUGGAGUUGCUGGCUUAAGAGUGCUACACCAGUGUUUGGUUACAUGAGAAGGAGAAAAUGAUGAUAAUUCAUAAUUAGUUAAUCAAUAAGUUAAAUUCGAGUGGUUUCUGCUAGCAACAGUGAUUGAGUAUGUGUGCCACCAUUAGACCGAAAGGCCUAGUAGAAGAUCUGAGGCUAUUUUGACUUAUCAGUUGAGGCCUGUAAUUACUCAGUGGCACAGAGGUUUAUUUAUUUUGCUUCUUUAAGACAUAGGUUUUAUAGGCAAUGGUGUUUUAGUGAGUUAAAAUCCAUAGAGCAUGGCCUAACAUUUUCAUGUUUGUACAGAAUAAAUAAAGAAAUAAUGCAAUUAAGCAAAAAAAAAAAUCAAUCUGUAAUCUUAUGGUCUCUGCUCCAAGUUAAUCUGCCUAUAUUGGUGGAAUCUUUCAUCCAUAAGAAUUCUGGUACCAUAGCUAUCUUUUUGGUACUUUCUAGAACCACAUACAGUAUACAUUCCCAUAUCUAGAUGAACUAUAAUCCAAUCAAGUAUAAGAGCUGCAGUAUAUUUUUGUCUAAAAGUAGAUCUUACUUACUACAUUUAUAGAUGUUUGGGUUAGAGAUACCCAAGACCACCCCUGGUAAAAUGACUCACUAGGACUGAGAGGACUCAGCACAUAGUUGUAUUCAUGGCUAAGGGAUAUAGACAAUCUAGAACAAAAUCAGCAAAGGGAAAAGGCACUUAGACAUAGUCUGUGGGAAACCAGAUGUAAGCUUUCAAGGGUCCUCUCUCAAUGGAGCCAUACAGGACAUGCUUAAUUUCCCUAGUGAUGAGCUGUGACAACACCUAUGAAAUGUUGUGUGAAAUGCUGCUAACCACAGAAGCUUGAGACACAGUACCCUGGAUUUCUAUUGGGGGCUAAUCACGUAGGCCUCACUGUCUGGCAUGUACCCAAAUUCCAGACACCCAGAAGGAAAAGCAAGGUUCAGCAGAAACCAUAUUGUUUGUACAAACAGUUUAGUGAGUCACUCUCAUCAGUUGAUGUUGGGAACCCUCCUGAAAUUUAAGUUCCUGGAUGCCAGUCAAGGCUCAACCUUGCAAACAGGCUUUUCCAAGGAUAGCAGUUCAGGCUUGCUCUGUUGAUUAUUUUCUUCACAAUGUUGUAUCACAGAGAAUAAAGAAUAUCCCUCUGAUAAUGAUCUCAAAAUAUCAGUUAUAGUUGAGACAUGAAUUGUUAGAAAUUUUGACUACCUGAGUGGUUCUAUUAAACCAAGGUAAAUACAGUUUAUUUCUUCUCAAGUCCUCCACAAUUUACUAUAUACAUUCAAAUUUUUCUUGUCUUCUUUUAAAAAGACCAACAUGGCACUAUCAUUUUUACUUUAAUACAAAAUUUUUUGCUUUCUUUUUUCAUGAGAAGUCAAUUUGCCUUUCUUCUUGCUUUUUAGACAAUCUUUUACUCUGAUAUAGCGGUGGAAUUAAUGACAAAGCGAUAACUAUAUAAAAUAUAGGGAAAUAGAAAAAGGAUUGGUAAUUGUUGGGUGCUCUUGUUUACGUUGGAGCCAUAUCGCUGGAUAGAUUUUUGAAUAGCUGUCCUGUUUCUUAGCUGGCGUGGUACAUAGUUUCUUUAAUGGUCCUUCUAUUCACUAUAUAUACACGUAUCCUUAUCUGUAGGCUCUGACAUCUUAGAGAACAGAGACACUCUGGGGUAUUUCAUCUACAGAGCCAUACAAUAUAUUGAUUUCUAGCCUAUUUGCUUUUUAAAGCUAUCUGGAAACGUUGAGCCACAUAUUAGAUAUUUUAUAAACUAGCAAUUUUACAUGUUAAUUAAUUUAUUUUUAAUUAAAUCUACAAAAAAGAGAAGACAAGGCUUCUUUAAUUCCAGAUACUGAAUGUAACCCAGAAUACUUUUUGAAAGUUUCCUGAAGUCUGUUUAAGUUACAACAUUGAAUCUUUGUCUAGUCUACCCUCAAAAUAGAGGCUUCUAUUAAUCGCUUUAUAUUUUUUCUUUUUAUAUUUAAAAAAUUUUCACAGCUGAGUUUUUAAAAAUCUCCUCUUUCAUGCCUUGAUGAUUUUAGACAUUUUUCUCUUCGGAAGGGCUUAUAAGUAACUAAAUUAGUUGGUACAGAUCUGUAGCCCAUGAUAAUAAGUAUCUUUAAGAGUUUCAGAUUCUACAGCAAAAAUUUGCCUGUAUUGCUGGAGAUUAGGAAAUUCUUUAAUUACAGGCAUACCUCAUUUUAUUGCACUUCACUUUAUUGAGCUUUGCAGAUACUGCAUUUUUUACAAAUUGAACGUUUGUGGCAAUCCUGCAGUGAGCAAGGCUAUUGGCACCAUUCUUUCAACAGCAUUGAUUUUUAAUUAAGGAUGUGCAUUUUUAAAAGAUAUAAUGCUAUUGCACACUUAAUAGACUGCAGUAUAGUGUAAUUAUAACCUUAAAUGGACUGGGAAACCAAAAAAUUCAUGUGACUUGCUUUAUUGCAAUAUUCACUCUACUGUGGUGUCUGGAACCAAACCUGCGAUAUCUCCAAGGCAUGCCUGUAUGGCCCUUAAUUUAGCUCUACACCAGGAUUUUUUUUAUUGAGAUGUAACUGAUACACUAGGAUUUUAACUUAACUUCAAAUAUGUAUCAACUGAUAAGUGCAUAAGCAAAAUGUGGUAUAUCCAUCCAAUGGAAUAUUAUUUGGCCAUGAAAGGGAAUGAAGUACUAACACAUGCUAUAUAAUAUGGAUGAACCUAGAAAACAAAAUGCUAAGUGCCAGAAGCCAGUCACAAAAGGUUAUGUAUUAUGUGAUUCCAUUUAAAUAAAAUGUCCAGAAUAGACAAAUCUAUGGAGACAGAAAUUAGUGGUUGUCUGGGAGUGAA